AUGAGGCUAUGAAAAGUAAAUUGCAACUUUUAGAGGCAAAUGAGAUAAAACGGAAACAAGCGGAGGAAAAAAUAAAUCUGUUGGAACAAUUAAAAACUGCUGCCGAAGAGGAAAAAAAUGUUCUCCGUCAAGUGAUGCUUGAAAAUGAAAAGUAUGCCAAGGAUCGCGAGCAACGAAGAUUGGAGGAACACAAUAAACAAUUCAAAGAACUGAAAGAAGAGAGUGAUAAAAAGAUGAACGAAAACAUGGAAAACUUGCGAAAAGAUCACACUCAGCAAAUACAGACCCUGCUCAAGUCCUUAUCAGAUUUGCAAGCCAAGAAAGAACAGGAAUUAUUGAACCAAAUUAGCAGCUUGACAGCUCAACUUGAUGGGACUACCGUAAACGAUCCAAACGAAUUUUGAACAACUGUUGUGCAAGAAACAGGACGAACAGAUACAUUAGCUUGAAGCUAGACAGACAAGGAAAACUGAUUGAUUUUAUCAGAGCUUAUUGCGAUCAUUACGGGAAGGACGUAAACAAGCUGAGGUUUCCAUUUAAUGGCAGAC